UUUCUUUGUGCACCCAAUUGAUUUGUUGCCGGAGUUUCCAGAAAAUCCAAAAAUAGAUUGUGUGAGCAAGACGCCAGCAUGUCUCCGGACGCCACCAAGCCGAGCCACUGGUGCAGCGUGGCCUACUGGGAGCACCGGACGCGUGUGGGCCGCCUCUACGCGGUGUACGACCAGGCCGUCAGCAUCUUCUACGACCUACCUCAGGGCAGCGGCUUCUGCCUGGGCCAGCUCAACCUGGAGCAGCGCAGCGAGUCGGUGCGGCGCACGCGCAGCAAGAUCGGCUUCGGCAUCCUGCUCAGCAAGGAGCCCGACGGCGUGUGGGCCUACAACCGCGGCGAGCACCCCAUCUUCGUCAACUCCCCGACGCUGGACGCGCCCGGCGGCCGCGCGCUCGUCGUGCGCAAGGUGCCGCCCGGCUACUCCAUCAAGGUGUUCGACUUCCAGCGCGGCGGCCUGCUGCAGCACGGCCCCGAGCCCGACGCCGCCGACGGCCCCUACGACCCCAACAGCGUCCGCAUCAGCUUCGCCAAGGGCUGGGGGCCCUGCUACUCCCGGCAGUUCAUCACCUCCUGUCCCUGCUGGCUUGAGAUCCUCCUCAACAACCACAGAUAGCGGCGGCCGUCGAGGCCCCGGCCCCGGGUGGAGGGGCAGGCCGGGAGGCCAGGCCACCGCCUUCUGCCCACCUCCAGAGGGGCCCAUGCCCAGAGACACAGCCCCCACGGACGAACCCCCCCCCCCAAUAUCAUCUACCUAGAUUUAAUAUAAAGUUUUAUAUAUUAUAUGGAAAUAUAUAUUAUACUUGUAAUUAUGGAGUCAUUUUUACAAUGUAAUUAUUUAUGUAUGGUGCAAUGUGUGUAUAUGGACAAAACAAGAAAGACGCACUUUGGCUUAUAAUUCUUUCAAUACAGAUAUAUUUUCUUUCUUUUC